CAUUAUAUUUUAUUUCAGAAAUUUGUAAUAUCGGUCGUUUUCUUAUACUUGAUCGUCUCGCUAUUUUGCAUCAUCCUGCACUAUCCAGUAUCAUUGAUCUCGUUAGUCGUCCCGAUUUUUGUAACUGUUCAUGCUAUACUAUCAUUAAAAAGCUGUGAUAGGCGAAAUCUGUGGCCGUGCGCCUUUUCUGGAUUUGUUGGUCUUCUAGUUAAAUUCGCUGCAAUAAUCGUGUUUUUUAAUAUUUUUCCUGUCGAUGCAAAACCGACAGGUUCAAAAGUGAUGUUAUGGAAACUAAGAGAUGGUAUGGCAAAUUUCGUUUUAUAA